AUGGUCCGUGCUUGGCAGCUGUGGCUUUCGCCUCGUCCGCAGCGCUCGAUGAUUGCGUCCAGCUCGCACAUCUACUCCAACGACGACGCCGCACUUUUCGAGUUCCUAAGGGAAGAGGAUGGCAGGCACAUACACUGGAAGCAGUCUGAGUACUUCCAAGUUGAGAAGGGCGUGAUUGGAAUUCAUAGGAAUGGUAAGGAAAUCAGGGCCACAAAGGAUGACGGCGUCAUUGAGGUGCCAGCUGGUACGAGAUUUUGGUCCCAUCCUUCCAACCAAGAGGAUCUAGUCUUCAAGGUUUGGGCUGAACCUCAAGGCUUAGACAACAGCUUUGAUGAAAGAUUCAUCCGCAACCUCAUCGGGUACCAGAGAGACUGUCAUUCUGCACAGUUGGCGCCAUCAGUGUUUCAGCUCAUGCUGAUAUGCUAUGAUUGCGCAACUCUGGCCACACCACCAUUCUGGAUGCCACUAUGGCUUCUUGGAUCGCUCCAGUAUAUCCUUGCGUACUGGGUUGGGGGCUAUCUGCUAGGGUACAAGCCGUCAUAUCCCGAAUACUACGAGGAUUUGAAGGAAGAGGAG